ACAACAUGCGGAAGGAAGGUUGUUCGGCGCCAUAUUUAAUACAUCAGAAGCUAGCUAGCAUUAGCUGUUUACAAGCCCAAACUUUUAACUUGAAACGAUAACCUAAAGCAACCCCACAAUCUGAUCGAAAAUGAAUGUAAUAGAUCAUGUACGGGAUAUGGCUGCCGCUGGCCUUCACUCCAAUGUCCGGAUACUGAGCAGUUUGUUGUUGACGAUGAGUAAUAACAAUCCGGAGCUGUUCUCACCAGCCCAGAAGUACCAGUUGCUGGUUUACCAUGCAGAUGCCAUCUUCCAUGAUAAAGAAUAUCGCAAUGCUGCCUGCAAAUACAGUAUGGCAUUGCAACAGAAGAAGGUGCUGAGCAAAACUUCCAAAGUUCGUACUUCUACUGGUGGAGCCGCAUCUAACAUACAGGCACAGAGUUUGCCUUCAGAAAUUGAGGUGAAGUACAAGAUAGCUGAGUGCUACACCAUUUUGAAACUGGAUAAAGAUGCCAUUGCAGUGCUCGAUGGGAUUCCAUCCAGACAGAGGACUCCAAAGAUCAACAUGAUGCUAGCUAACCUGUACAGGAAAGCUGGUCAGGAACGUUCUGCAGUGACGAGCUACAAAGAGGUCCUUAGACAGUGUCCCCUCGCCCUGGAUGCAAUCAUUGGUCUUCUCUCUUUAUCAGUCAAAGGAGCUGAAGUGGCAUCCAUGACUAUGGAUGUGAUCCAGAGUAUCCCCAAUCUGGACUGGCUCUCUGUUUGGGUCAAAGCAUAUGCCUUCAUACAUGCAGGAGACAAUCAAAGAGCCAUCAACACCAUUUGCUCUCUUGAGAAGAAAUCUCUGUUGCGGGACAAUGUGGACCUCCUUGUGAGCCUGGCAGAUGUCUACUUCAGGGCAGGUGACACCAAGAAUGCCAUCCUUAAGUUUGAACAAGCCCAGAUGCUGGACCCCUACCUCAUCAAAGGAAUGGAUGUUUAUGGAUACCUGAUGGCCCGCGAAGGACAUUUAGAGGAUGUUGAAGUCCUUGGAGGACGAUUAUUUAACAUUUCAGACCAGCAUGCAGAACCUUGGGUGAUCUCUGGUUGUCACAGUUUCUAUAGCAAGCGAUACUCCAGAGCCCUCUACCUGGGGGCCAAGGCCAUCCAGCUGAACAGCAACAGUGUGCAGGCUCUCCUUCUGAAGGGGGCAGCACUGAGAAACAUGGGUCGUGUUCAAGAAGCCAUCAUCCAUUUCAGAGAGGCCAUGCGCUUGGCACCGUGUCGACUCGACUGUUACGAAGGUCUGAUCGACUGUUACCUGGCAUCCAAUGGGAUUCGAGAGGCUAUGGGAAUGGCCAAUAACAUCUAUAAGACUCUAGGGGCCAAUGCACAGACUCUGACCAUCCUUGCCACAGUGUGCCUGGAAGACCCUGUGACUCAGGAGAAAGCCAAAACCCUGCUGGACAAAGCACUUGCACAGAGACCGGACUACACCAAGGCUGUGGUCAAAAAGGCUGAACUGCUCAGCCGGGAACAGAAAUAUGAAGAAGGGAUCGCUCUCCUCCGCAACGCACUGGCCAAUCAGAGUGAUUGUGUUCUGCAUAGGAUGCUGGGAGAUUUCUUGGUGGCUGUCAAUGAUUACCAAGAGGCCAUGGAUCAGUACAGCAUAGCGCUAAGCCUGGAUCCCAAUGACCAGAAGUCUUUAGAAGGCAUGCAGAAGAUGGAGAAGGAGGAGAGUCCCACAGAUGCCACGGUGGAGCUGGAUGGUGACGACAUGGAGGGCAGCGGAGAGGAUGGAGAUCUUGAGGGCAGCGACAGUGAAGCAGCACAGUGGGCUGAUCAGGAGCAGUGGUUUGGUAUCCCCGGCCACUGAAGGACACACAGUCAGUCAGUUUCCACCCUCUAACACACUGCAGCCUGUCAGAAGCUUUCAGGGUUUUCAAACAGGACAAGGUGAUGCUAUUUUCCCAACAAUCUGACAUCAUGUCAGGCACUUCACUGUGGAGCUCAUUGAGACUUGUUUGCUAGUCUAGACAGCUGUCCAAUGCGGUCUUACCAGUAGACACUCAACCUAAUAGUAUCUCUGGUGCUACUUUUUCUUCAGCAAGUCUUUGUUUCAGUCUUUGGCUAUCUGAAUAAAUGCAUCACUGUUCCAGGUAAUGCAAAAUACAUCUUAAAUAUAUUAAUUACAAAUCAGUGUCAGUGUGGUCCUUGAUGAGGUUGAGUUGUUCCCAGGUAAGAUGUGUACUGGGAAGUGUAGGCUCAAACAACUGGUGUGAUGGGAAAUUUUGCUCAUGUGUUACAAGGAGGCGGGGGGACUGACAAAGAUUUUACAUUUGUGUUUUGUUUGAGCCUUACUGACUCGCUUGUUUUCUGUGAGAAUGCAAGACGCCGAUGUCGGAGUAUCACAAUAAGGGUUGUGAAUUUCCCAUGACUUUGUGUCUCUCCGACAGGCAAAUGGGGUCUGUGAAAAGUGACAAUGUACCAUAUUUCUGCUGCUCUUUAUGUAUCUUGAUUUUAACAUGAGAAUGUGUCAUGUAAUGUACAAGCUUAUCAUAUGUGUGUUGUAUAAAAAAGAAAUAACCCCAUUGACUUGAUUUGAGUCAUUGAGUCAUUGAUUGACUCAUUCUUACGUUGGGAAAUGUUACUUAACCAUUUCAAGACAAAUGUUUAUAAUAUUUUGUACAUAUUUUUAGAGCGUAUAAUAAAAUAAUUAAACACUAUCAUUUGACAUGAAUGUAGUGGUCCACUUCCUCUUCAACAGGUGCAGUGGUAGACAGCACACCACUCUGAAUAAUGUCUAAAUGAAGCUCAGUAACACCAGGAAGAAUACUGAGUAAACUCUUCACAUGACAGUUUUAUUUACCUGAAACCCAAGUUCAUGUGAUACAUUGUACAAUCAUCUCUGAAAAUACAGUACAGCAGUUCGCUAAAAAAUGCCAGUGGAGGGACUGCCCGCCGUUCUCAUGGUAAAACGUAUGCACCGCUGCACGUCCGCCUUUCCAGAUAUGGCAAAAUCUGCUCCAAACAUGUUGCACAUCUCAGUGCAAAGCAAAAAAGAAAAAGGCUGUUUGGUUUUUUAAAUAUCCCAUAAAAGUAUUUCCUUAGGAAAGAUGAACUGUUUUUUUGAGCUUAUUUAACAUUUGCACUAUCUGAUGAACAUCUAUUCUGUUUAUUAGUACUAUACAUUGUCUAUUACACAAGUCUGGUAAAGAGGAUGGCUAAAUUCAGCGGACAUGCACCAUGGAAUAUAGUACAUUUUACUGUACACGGUACUAAGAUACACGUCUCGGUAGAUGGCAGGAGAACUGUAUCAUGAUCUAAGGCUCUUCAUGCAGGACGAUGGAAGGACUGCUGAGGUGGGAUUGGCUAGUUUUCAUCGACAUUUAUUUAUGGCCAUUCUAUAAAAAGGAUGGAUGAACUUUAUGACCCUCCUUCUUCAAAUUUACUUAACUGACAUGCAGCUCUUGUAAGAUGUGCUGCCCAAAACACACAUGCACAACAAAACAAAACCAAAAUUCAGCAAGGAAUUUAGAGUAGAGGUGGGCUUACUUGGACUUUGCUGAAAAGAAAAAGAGAAGAGGAAGAAUCAUGUCAGUGGACAUCUGAGUAAAAGCAUCCGAGCAGCAAAUAAUUUAAACGUAUCAGUAUUUGUUUUCAUAAAAAAAGAGCAAAUAUAUUAAGGCCAUGCUAUGGUGAAGCAGGGGAUUAGGUCACAAGACAAUGCAAUUAAAAAGAAAUGUAUAAAUAAACAAAACAAUAACACUGUGUCCUAUACUGGUGUUGGGGCACCUAAAUGUCAGUGUCUGGCAAAUGUCAAAAUAUGCUGCCAGUCUACAGUCAAAAAUAACUGGCACCAGUUAUACUGUGCCAGUUUCACAUACAAAAGGCUCCUAUUUAUACUGUGUGUGAUCUGACACUUAGGGACAUCAAAGGCGUUUUCAAACACAUUCUCAAACGCCUUAGUUUUCUUACUCUUGUACCAUUAAAAGUGUAUU